AUGACCGGAGGCUGGAACCCGCUCACCGGCCGCGACGCCGCCCCCGCCAGCAGCGGCACCGGCGCCGCCCGUCCGCCUUUCGCGCCGUAUGGGGCCCCGAUGCCCGCGCAGGGCGAACCCUACAUCUUCCACUCGGGCGGCCCCGGCUUCAACCUCCCUGGUAUAGUGCCUCCGUACAACCAAUGGGCUAACAUGGCUUACGGCUUCUACCACCUAGGCGGCGGGGCCGUUGCCGCUCCUCCGGGCGUGUAUCCCGCGCAGGGCAUGUACGGCGGCGCGCAGCCGAUGCCGCCUCCUCCCCCCUUCCUCCCGUUCCCCCCACAGCCCAACGGCGCGGGCAGCAUGCAGCCGCGCCAGGCGCAGCCCUGGCCGCGCAUCGACCCGGCCAUGCCGGCGUCCCAGAUGACCAACUCGACGGGCGGCGUGGGCUGCGAGCCGGGCUACAACUACUUUUUCCCCGCGACGCACACCAAGGCGCACGUGUUCAAGUCGGCGACGCCGCCGUGGCAGCUGCCGGGAAACACGCAGAUUCCGUUCAUGGCGACGCACAUUCCGUGCAACACUACGUUUGCCGAUCUCAUGCAGGGCUUCGGCUGCACGAACCCGUCGGCCAAGAAGAACCGCGUCUUUGAGAUUGUGGGCGGCGGCGGCGGCAAGUGGUACAAGGGCAUGGAGAUUAAUGGCGGCGACAAGGGCGCCAUGAAGAAGACGAUUGGCGAGGUGGGAUGGGACUCGUCGCGGACGGGCCGCGCGGGCGAGAAGCCCGUGGUGUGCCUCUGGUUUUGCAAGGACUGA